AUGUGUGGCAUUCUCGCGCUUAUUCUUGCAAAUACUUCAUCCACCUCCGCUGCCGUCGACCUACACGAAGCCCUCUAUCUCCUUCAACACCGCGGUCAAGAUGCCUGUGGAAUUGCUACAUGCGCCGCGGGUGGAAGAAUAUACCAAUGCAAGGGAAAUGGUAUGGCAGCGAAGGUCUUUCACGAUGGCGCAAGGGUGGUGGACCUUCCUGGGUUCAUGGGUCUGGGCCAUUUGAGAUAUCCCACUGCGGGGAGCAGCGCAAAUGCGGAAGCCCAGCCAUUUUAUGUCAACAGUCCCUACGGUAUCUGUCUGGCACACAACGGAAACCUGAUCAACGCUCCUGAGUUGCAAAAAUAUUUGGAUUUGGAAGCUCAUCGACACAUCAACACCGAUAGCGAUAGCGAACUCAUGCUCAACAUCUUUGCCGAUGAACUCAACGAGACUGGAAAAGCUCGCGUGAAUGACGACGAUGUAUUUGCAGGCCUCAGCCGAAUGUAUGACAGGUGUAAGGGCGGCUGGGCAUGUACCGCCAUGAUUGCCGGCUACGGUUUGAUUGGCUUUCGGGAUGCCUUUGGCAUCCGUCCUUUGAUUUUGGGAUCCCGAGAUUCCGUGGAUGGCUCAGGAAAGGAUUACAUGAUGGCGUCAGAAUCCGUGGCCCUGGCACAACUCGGAUUUGAUGUCAUUCGUGAUAUUCUCCCUGGUGAGGCGGUGAUCAUUCAAAAGGGCCAUGAACCCCAUUUUCGGCAAGUUCAACAACGCAAAGAAUACGCCCCAGAUAUCUUCGAAUACGUCUACUUUGCUCGCCCCGAUUCGGUCAUGGAUGGAAUUAGUGUCCACCGGAGCCGACAGCGUAUGGGCGCCCGGCUGGCAGCGGAGGUGAAGAGAGUGCUCAGCCCCCAAGAUCUAAAAGACAUCGACGUGGUCAUUCCGAUUCCCGAAACGUCAGUCACCUCCGCAUCCGUGGUGGCCAAGGCGCUGGACAAAGAAUAUUGUCAAGGGUUUGUCAAGAACAGAUAUGUUUUCCGCACCUUCAUCAUGCCUGAGCAGAAGGCACGACAAAAGGGUGUGCGGCGAAAACUCAAUGCCAUGGCGAUGGAAUUCAAAGAUCGGAAUGUUCUUCUCGUGGACGAUAGUAUCGUAAGAGGCACGACCAGUCGGGAAAUUGUAACCAUGGCUCGAGAAUCUGGGGCCAAGAAGGUUCACUUUGCCAGUUGCGCUCCUCCCAUCACUCAUGCCCACAUCUACGGAAUUGAUUUGGCAUCGCCCUUGGAAUUGGUGGCACACAAUUAUCACGGCGCGGGUGCCAUUGCCAAGCAUAUUGGAGCGGACAGUGUGAUUUACCAGUCUUUGGAUGACUUGAAAGCCGCAUGUGUGGACGCCGCUCGAGAAGCCAACAGUCGCGGCGCUCCAGAAAACUUCGAGGUCGGUGUGUUUUGUGGCACUUAUAUCACUCCGGUGGAUGAUGACUACUUUGACCACCUGGAGCGAGUCAGAGGGCAAACUCGAAAAUUGAGGAUUGUGGACGAAGCCAGACGAGCGGUUGCCCAAGGCGUGGCAGGAGAAGAUCAAAUUCAACUGGCUACCAAUGGAGCCGUGGUGAACAGCAAUGGCAAAGUGGUCCCCGCGAUCAACGGCGGCACCAGGCAACCCUCGAUUCAAACCCAACCAAUGGAUCUUUCUCAUCAGAACUCUGCCACAUCACAGGAAAACGAAAGCUCAUCAGUCCGGGAUCGAAUGGACAUCAGUCUGCACAACCUUGGAGACUUCCCCCGAAAUGAAUGA